CAAAUUCACGUGAUGCAUGGCAAAUAGCUGCAAGCAAGCGCAUAGCUAGGACUACUGACAGUGCAGCUGUGGUUGGUACGAAUUGGACUUGGUGUUAUUUACCUUUCCAGGCAGUUAGGAAUGGAUGAUGAAAAGCUGCUGCCUGAUGUUCUUGAUGCCCCAGUGCCAUUGAUUUCUCAACCAUUGAACACAAGAAAGGAGAUGAUGUCUAGCAGUAGUGGUUCUAUCGCUACAACCAGGUCCAUUCCAGCACAGAGUCAGAUCUACAAAGUCUACAAGCGACGAUGGUAUAUGUUGAGUGUGUUAGCUGUGCUCAACCUAUCCAAUGCCAUAGGCUGGAUAACAUUUGCACCAGUUGCCGAUCUGACAGCUUCUUACUACAAUACAACAUUUGCCAAUGUGAACUGGCUAUCCCUAGAAUACAUGGUAGCAAGUAUCCCUGUGGGUUUCUUCUCAGCAUGGAUUCUGGACAGCUUUGGCUUGAGAAUUGGAUUGAUGAUGGGUGCGUGGCUGAAUGUUGUUGGUCUUGCUGUUCGAUAUAUCAGUACUAUCCAUCAGUUGAAGGGACAGAUCAGGUUCAUCGUUCUCUUAAUUGGCCAAGGGAUCGCAGCCAUGGCCCAGCCGUUUCUCCUGUUUGCCCCAACAAAAUUAGCUGCCUUGUGGUUCCCAGAAAGCCAACGAGCCAUAGCCAACACACUGGGAUCAGCAUCUAACCCACUGGGAAUAUUAGCUGCAUUCCUUUUGUCCAAGAUCAUUGUGAAAGAGGAAAGUGAUCUUCCAACAAUGUUAUGGAUCUAUAUCAUUCCUGGAGGUGUAGCAGCAGUAAUGAUGACGUUAGGAUUCUGUAGGAGUAUUCCUCCCACGCCACCCAGCGCAAGUGCUGCUGAAUCCAGUGAAUCAUUCGUACAAGGCUUGAAAAAAAUAAUACGCAACCGUGCCUACCUGUUGCUUGUGCUGGUGUUUGGUUCUGGGCUGGGCUUGUUCAACACUAUCAGUUCAUUGGUGGAGCAGGUCCUCUGUUCAAAAGGCUAUGAUGAUUCCUUUGCAUCCUUGGUUGGGGCAUUGAUGAUUGGUGGUGGAAUAAUUGGAGCCAUUAUUGCCGGUGCGUACGUGGAUAAAACCAAGAAGUUUGAACCUACUGCCAAGCUGUGCUUCACUUCAGCUGUACUUGGACUCAUCGCCUUCUGUUCGUUAGCAUGCUACCGAGGGCUGGAUGUGUACGUAGCAGUGACUGCAGGGGUAUUUGGAACGUUUGGCUUCGGUGCCUACCCAGUUAUCAUGGAGCUUGGUGUUGAGACUACAUUUCCUGUUUCUGAAGCAACCACCACUGGAUUUCUGUUCAUGGCAGGGCAAGUGCAAGGCAUCCUCGGAAUCCUGCUCAGCCAGUUCUUAGGACGAGACCUGUCUACAGCCCAACUAGGUUAUUCCAAGUGUCUGGCAUCGGUCACACCUCAAGAUUUAACCAUUCCCCUGUUGGUCUUUGCUGGCUAUGCAGCCUUCAAUGCCUGCAUCUUCCUGUUGUUCUUCAGGACAGACUAUCGAAGGUUGAAAGCAGAGGAGCGCCAUGCAGCAGACAGCAUAUUAAACUUUAGUAGUCACUCGCAUGGUACCCCAGUAACCAGCCAGGGCGACACUACCUCAUGAGAACCAACAAUACAACUCAGUCCUCAGGUUUGAAAAUGGGGUCAAAAGUUCAUCUUUCAAUGUGACCCAAAAAUGCUGGAAAUCUCUGUUUUGGGACAAAAUAUCUGAAAUGUACCCUUUGAUGCCAUCACAGGAAGAUGUAGAUGUCUAUUAUGUGAAUUUCAGACAUUGUGUCUCAAACAAGGAAUUUCCAGACAUUUUUGGGUUCAUGAUGUUCACCGUCUGGUCUGGCUCUAGGAAUUGAUUAUCGCAUCUGGAGACAUGUAAAGUCGUCUGUUGUACACACUUCCGUACAAAGUAAAGGUUUUGGCAAGGUUUGAACAAGACACUGCUGUAUUAUAGUCUCAAGCAACAAUACUUUGUCGUGAUUGAAUUAAAACAAAGCACUAUGAUGUUCUAGCUGAUAUAUUGGCUUACCCACUCCAGCAGGUGCCAUUUGAGGCCUGCAAAUUGUGAAGAGUUCAGACUAAGUUCAAGAAAUAAACAUAAAUUCAUCUGCCUUUCUACUGUGCCUUAAAAGGAGGAGUUAAUAUAAUAUUAAAAACCUCAAAAAUCACAUUUCUAGAAUUACCAUGGAGAAAAUAAGGCACCUAAUGGCUUGUACAUUUGUUAAUGUUUGAAAUUGAAACUCUGAAAUUGAUUCAAUUGAAUAUACCUGUAUCUAUACAUAAACAUCUUUAUACAUGUGAAAUUGAGAACAAAAAUUCAGAUGUUUGAAACAGCCAAAUUAAUAACAAUACAUGUAUUUGUUGCUUCAUUCUUAUCAAUGUAAUGAAAAUGAGACUUGAAAAGUGACACAUUUGAAAUGAAUGUUAAGAGAUGAAUAGUGGAUUGUGCUGGAUAUGCCUGUACUUGGGGAUGAUGUAGUGUUCUUCACUGAACACAUGUACAUAUUGAUGUUCCACGACUCGGACAGUAAUGCAAACAACGUGAUUUCUAAAAAAUUUCCUUCAAAAGAACUGAAGUUAAAGACUGCUCUCAACAGAUGAAUUACUUAAGCCCAAAAAAUUGCCUCUCUGUAUUAUUUCCAAUAUAGACAUUGUUUAAGCAUGAUUUAUGUUUUAUUUCAGAACAAUUUGAAGUUUUAACUUCAGAUUAACUUUCCCUAAUUUACAGAUAAGCUGCUUUUAAGUCAAAUGAUAUACUUUGACAAAUCCUAUCUUUAAUUUGAAUAUGGAUUGGAGAAUGAAGACAGCAAUAAGGAAUGACUUUCUUAAGCUGGAAGCAAAGCGUCUCAUUUGCAAAUCUAAAGACUAGUCCUUUUAAUUAAUUAAGGGUCCAAAGUCUGACAUUAUUCUUGUCCCUGUUUCCUCUGAAUUUGUAAUUUGCCAUUCAAGUAUCAUUAAGAAUAUUUCAAAUGAAAUGUAUUUUAUUUGUUGGGUAGGUUGUUUGCUAUUCAUAAUCACUCUUGGAGGAAAUCAUAGAUGUCAGAUUAAACAGGGCCAGGAACAGGGGAAAAAAGUGGACCCCAAAUUUAUAGAAUGACCCAUCACAAACCUUUGGUUCUCUGGCCUUAGCAUACAUGUAGUGUGGACAAUAUGAAGUACAGUACUACACUGUGGCUUAACCCCUCUCCCCCUCCUCAAGAUGGGACAUGGUGCUAUUUUAUACACAGUCUUUGAGCAAUGCCCAUGUCAGAUUGGGGUUACAGUCACCCGAACCGAUGUAUUUUGUAAAUAUGAAUUACAAACAUGAAAAAUCUAUCAUUUAAAACAGUAACUCCAGAGCAUCUUUACUCUAUGCCUCGCUCUAGUCCGAAAAUUUAUGCAAAAAGGUCCGUGUAAAACUGAGGUGUAUUCUGGUUCUACUUCCGCACUCCUAAUACUUGUUGGUUUUUGGGGCUACUCUUGAAAAACAUUGUUUACUCAU